AUGACUACAGCCCACAGGCCCACCUUUGAUCCCGCACAAGGGAAAGAGGCCCUCCGUGGCCCGGCGUACCACCAGCGCCUCCUCCCAGCGCAUAAGCUUCUGAAGACUCGCCAACUUGGUCAGGGUGGUGAAAGCGAAGCUUACCAACGCGAUCUACGCGCCGAAUUGCUCCAGGCAGAGGCUGCCCAUUUCGCCAAGAAGAGAGGGGUCCCUGUGGAUGAUAUCACUAUCGAGGGUGCUGUACCUAAGCGACAACUAGAAGGAGCGCCACCGAACGGCGGUGAUGCGGGCGGGAUAGAAGAAGAAGAUCCGGAGGCAAAACGACGGCGAAUAUUAGAAGAAACACGAGAUAUCGAUGCCGACUCGGACGGGUCCGAAGAAGACAGUAGUGAAGAAGAAAGUGACGACGAGGAUGAGGCGGCCGAGUUAAUGCGGGAGUUGGAAAAAAUCAAGAAAGAAAGGCUGGAGCAGAAAGAGAAAGAGGAACGAGAGCGCGCCGCCGAGGAAGAGGAAAAGCGAGAAUACGAUAUCGCGCGAGGCAAUCCCUUACUCAACCCCACCGACUUCAACAUGAAACGACGAUGGGAUGACGAUGUCGUCUUCAAAAACCAAGCCCGGGGAACUGAAGAUAAGCGGGGAAAGGAGUUUGUCAAUGAUCUCCUACGAUCAGACUUUCACAAGAAGUUCAUGUCUAAAUAUGUGCGAUAGUUGGGUUGUAUUCUAAAGGAUCUUUUCAUCUCGCAAUGGACAUCGACAAGGGAAUACCCCUAGAACGACUUGCACUAUCCGGAAACGAAUUUCUUGCAGCAAAGCUCUGAAGGGAUUUCAACCGCUAAUUGGCUAUGGCGUUAGGAGAAUCGGGUGUUUGAGCCUUAACUAGUAACUUGGACUUGAAUCUAUAUUUCUCAAACUCAAAUGAUACACAGCUAUCGGCUGGGUCGUCCAGCACCUUGA